AUGGUCUGGGAUGUGAAGCGGAAGGUCUGGGCACUCCGGAGCUUCGGCCGAAGGCACCUGCGCCUCGGGGACUCCAUGGCCCCCAUCCUCGCUGUCACCAAGGGCCGGACCGCACCUCGCAAGCGGCCAGCGGCGACACCGCGGCCCCGCCCGCCGCCCCGGAGCCACCUGGAGCGGCCUGCGCUGGAGGGGGCUCGCCGGGCCGACCGCUGCUCCGCGCGGCGCAGGGCCCACCCGGCUCCCGCGCCCGUGGGGCCGCUCGCCGGGACGUCGUUCCUCGAGCAGAGAGUAAUCAAGCCCCAGCAGCGGAUGAGGUACAUCGCGAUGGUGAGCGAGUUCAAGAGCUGGUGCCUGGCCAUGGGGAUCGCCCUGGGCACGGUGCGGGAGCUCGACGUCGGGCUCGCGCAGUACUUCCGCGACCUCUUCUUCAACGGGGAGGUAGUCGACCGCGCGUCGGCCUUGCAGGCUGCCCUGGCCCACCUGGAGUCCUACCGGCUGUCUCGGAAGACUCCAGAGCUGCCUCGGGCCUGGGCUGCCCUGCGGGGGUUCGGCCGUCUCGCGCCGAAGCGGGCCCGACUGCCCAUGCCAUGGGUCGUGGCAGCGCUCGUGAUCGUCAAGAUUGUCGCCCGCGGGGGCGUGGGCGCCGGCCUGAUGACGCUCCUCAACUUCGUGUUCUACUGCUGGCUUCGACACUGGGGGAUCCUCUUGAACCCCCUGGAGGGGGAGAUCCCCAGCAAGACCCACGCGUGCGACGAGUCUCUCUUGAACGACAACCCGGACUUCAAGUGGGUCGACGCUGUGCUGGAGCACCUGCGGGGCCGAGGACCCUUGGCCGGGCCGAUUGCCGACGUGGACUACGCCAAGUGGACGGCCCACUUCAGGGCCGCCGUGGCCGAGCUGCCCCUCGGGCCUCUCCUUCCCGCGACGAUCUACCAGAUGCGCCGCGGCGGGGCCUCUCGCGAGAUCCACUCUGGGCAACGGGACCUGCUAGGUGUAAAGAAAAGGGGGCGCUGGGACUCCGACGCCUCGCUGCGCCGCUACGUAAAAGCCGGGCGCCUCAACGAGCAGGUGCACCGACUCGACCAGGUCACGCAGUUCGCGGCCAACCUCUGCGCGGAGCGCAUUGGCUCAGUGAUCCUGCAGCCAUCCCUCGCGCGGCAGCUCCUCGCGGGGGCCGGCCCGUUGGAGUGCGGCCUGGCGGUCGUGUCGAGCCUUGUCGGGGAUCCCAGCCUUCUCGAUUGA